AUGGAGGCGAUACUGGGGCGUGUAUUGCCUCUCCUACGACGCUUGUUGAAAACAAAAUUCCUGAGCGGUAUCAUUUCUCUGUUGAGCCUCUUGUCCCGAACCAUCAUCACCAUCCGCUAUGGCCCAAAGCAAGACCAUCUGCCCACAACGACGGCCUCAGAGAGCCACGAAGUCGCUGAGAAACCCUCUCUCUCCACCGAAAUAGCGGCAAGCUACCUCCCGUCGUCAGCAGCCGCACUUGGUCCGUAUUUGCAUGCAGGACCCAGCUCCUCACGGGACGUUUCGACGACAACCACGGCAAUCAACCAGGACUCGUACUCCCUGCGCUCGUUAUCGGUGCAUACCAGCCCGGAAAUCACGAUCACCAUUGAGGAUGGCGCAACUUCGCGACCACCGAGCUCUUCGUCGCGCUAUUCGGAUGCUAGCGCCCAUUCCACUGCUUCAGACUCGCAUACUCGGGCAAGCAUAGACGUGGCGCCUCAGUUGCUGGCCGCAGGGGAUACCGCUGGGCCGGUGUCGAAGUGGCUGAACAACAAACGGAUUGCUCCAGCAGCGCCCGACAAGUUCAGCCGAUACUCGCGCCAGAAACAUGUCUCAAACAACAGGACUUAUUUCAGAGUUGAACCUUUGACUAUUGACGGAAGAUCGAAAAACCCUUCACAAGACUGGCAGCUCUGUCUGCAUCCAGAAGGCACCCCGUACUUCUUCCACGCCAAUAAUCGCACAUUCACAGAUGCGAAUCUCUUCGACCAAUCUGUCCUUGCGUUCAUAAACAAACAAAUGAGCGACAUAUUCGACUUUCUUCGUGCUCAGAGCGUGCUCUUGGAUGAUGGUACCGACCUCGUUCUGGACGAGGAGAUUUACGACGACGGAACCAGCGGCUGUCAGUACUACUUCGUUAACCAUGAAGCGCGCUGCAUUUUCUGGGUCGAUCCUGUGGACUCGGAGCUAUUUGAGGAGUCGGAGCUGCUACCAAAUGGCAUACAAUCGCAAUCCCACAUUCGAUAUGUGCUGGAGGAGCAAUACUGGUAUCACUGCGCGCUCUUUCCGCACUCAUUAGAUCCGACACACGCAAUUGUGGACGAGCUAAGGGUGCUGGUGCUGCACUCCAUCACGGACCUGAUCACUUCUGCAACAUCGACGGUCAACAGGAAGAUGGACGAACUCAACCAGAUGAUCAAGGUUAUCAAUAGUCUGGCGAAAAACGUUGGGAAAGGUGAAGAGGAUCAUGCUGGCAUCAGCUUCAUCAUUGGACGGUUGAUGCUCGAUUUUGCUCACGCCCGGGUUUGCAAUUUUUAUGGGGAGCCAGAGGCCCGACUAAACGUGGACGAUUCCGUCUACGAUAUCCAGUCUCAUCGAACACUCCUCAUCAAAAUUCUCACUCCGAUACUUUUCUACGCACCAGACUUUCAUCUGGAAGGGUUGCGCAAAAUUUAUACCGACGGGGUUGUCCGGCAUCGCGGGUGGUCCGAAUUCGUCACGCGUCUCACUAGCGAAUGGCAGGAAUUCAUUCUCUACGCUACGGUCGUGCUCAACGCCAAUGUGGCCUUUUUAUCUAUCCAGAGUGUGGACACAAACGACCAAGUCACUUUGCACCGCUCCCCUACCCAGAUUUCUAGUUACAUGUCCAUGUUGACCAGCAUUGGGGCGAUUAUCAUCGGCCUUCUGUUGCUGAAACAAAAUCGGAAUCGUGAUCGCGGAACCGCACCUGACGCUUCGUUCUAUAUGUUCAACCAAACACAUCCUACUCUCGGUCUUGAAAUUCUCGCCAUCCUCCACUCAUUGCCGUACGCAUUGCUCAUUUGGUCAAUGGUAUCGUUCCUGGCGGCGUUCUCAUUCAUGUGCUUCGACGCUUCCGACCUCAAAACGCGGAGCCUGGUCGCGGUGCUGUUCGCAGCCAUUGCUUCCCUUAUCCUGUGGUGCAUCUUCAACGAUUGGCAGACGAGUGUUAUAGACUGGGAAUGGUUGUUUGUGCUGCUUCAGAGGAGGGUCGAUGAGGGCAUAGCGAGUGCCGCAGAGGCCGCGGCGCGUCCGUCUUGUGUGAAGAGGUGGCGGGAGCGCUGGUUCUGGGAACGUUCCAAGAUGGGGAACCAGUCCACAGUGUAG